AAAGAAGGGGGUUUUUCUUGCAAGUCGAGGAAUGGAUGGUCAUUUGAGUGAAAGCAUUCGAAUAGUAAAAGAACUGAAGUGUCUGUGUUACAAUUGUUUUUUGAUUUGAUCAAAAUGGCAAAAAGAAUUCUGCUGCUCUGCUUCUUCUAUUUGCUGGCACAAUGUUCAUCAGCACUACCACAAUCCAAAUCAUCAACGGAAGAACCUAUCAACGCCCCUCUGAGUGACCUAGAAGCCUCCUUUGGGGGUUCAACCACAACCUCAACAUCUGCCCCUGAGACAACAACGCCCAAUAGAAGAACAGGAUUUUAUUACUUAUUCGAUUGGAAUACGUUUCUGGAUGUCGACGACGUAAAAGGAACACGUGUGAACCUGAGAUUCCAACCGAAAAUUGGCGAUCCAAAAAGAUUUUAUAACAUUCGGACACCCUGAAAUCCAUCAAUGUAGUUUCUAUGUACAUGUUACUUUUGAGAAAAAUAAUAA